UGGGAAGAAUUCGCCAUGUACGGACUGGGAUGCAAUCUAAGAGUCCACCAACUACGGACCUUGUGGAAUUUGCAUGACCCUGCCCACUGCCUCUCCCUUAACCCUUUCCUAUUCUCUUCUAGGGCACGCAGCAAAAAGAGGAAUCAAGUCAGAACUGAACAUACUCGAGAGGUUUGGGAAGAAUUCGCCAUGUACGGUCUGGGAUGCAAUCUAAGAGUUCACCAACUACGGACCUUGUGGAAUUUGCAUGACCCUGCCCACUGCCUCUCCCUUAACCCUUUCCUAUUCUCUUCUAGGGCACGCAGCAAAAAGAGGAAUCAAGUCAGAACUGAACAUACUCGAGAGGUUUGGGAGGAAUUCGCCAUGUACGGUCUGGGAUGCAAUCUAAGAGUUCACCAACUACGGACCUUGUGGAAUUUGCAUGACCCUGCCCACUGCCUCUCCCUUAACCCUUUCCUAUUCUCUUCUAGGGCACGCAGCAAAAAGAGGAAUCAAGUCAGAACUGAACAUACUCGAGAGGUUUGGGAGGAAUUCGCCAUGUACGGUCUGGGAUGCAAUCUAAGAGUUCACCAACUACGGACCUUGUGGAAUUUGCAUGACCCUGCCCACUGCCUCUCCCUUAACCCUUUCCUAUUCUCUUCUAGGGCACGCAGCAAAAAGAGGAAUCAAGUCAGAACUGAACAUACUCGAGAGGUUUGGGAGGAAUUCGCCAUGUACGGUCUGGGAUGCAAUCUAAGAGUCCACCAACUACGGACCUUGUGGAAUUUGCAUGACCCUGCCCACUGCCUCUCCCUUAACCCUUUCCUAUUCUCUUCUAGGGCACGCAGCAAAAAGAGGAAUCAAGUCAGAACUGAACAUAUUCGAGAGGUUUGGGAGGAAUUCGCCAUGUACGGUCUGGGAUGCCAUCUAAGAGUUCACCAACUACGGACCUUGUGGAAUUUGCAUGACCCCGCCCACUGCCUCUCAUCUCCAUUUCUAAGCCCAAGAGCCGGGGUUGUCCGUAGACACCUCCAAGGUCAUGUGGCCACUGGCAUGACUGCAUAGAGCGUCGUUACCGUCCCGCCGCAGCGGUACCUAUUGAUCUACUCACAUUGGCAUGUUUUCGAACUGCUAGGUUGGCAGGAGCUGGGGCUAACAGCGGGUGCUCACGCCGCUCACGGGAUUUGAACCUGGGACCUAUCGGUCUGCAAGUUCAGCAGCUCAGCGCUUUAACACACUGCGCCGCCACCAGGGGCCCAUACUCGGAAAAGGUUGGGAACUGUUGUCUCAGAACAUCUCGAGGAUUAUAUGAUUUCCAUCCUCUGCUCUUAGCAAACGACGGAUGUAUUGUUGUGUGCCAAAGCCUUGGUGUUUUUUCUUGCAGCUUUCCAAAACGUUUGGUCCGGUCUACACGCUCCACUUUGGUUCGCGGAAAGUCGUGGUGCUGGUCGGCCACGAGGCCGUGAAGGAGGCCCUUCUGAGCAAAGACAACGAGUUCAUAAACAGGCCCUACAUCCCCAUCUUCUACAAGAUCCAGCAUGGAAAUGGUAACAGCAGCAUGGAACUGGUCCUCUCUUGGGAUUGUGCUUCGAUUGUGCCACAGAAGGGUUAUUUACAGAAACAUAAUAAAAGGGAAAAUAUGUCUGUCUGUGUGGCUGGGGUGUCCACUUCCUCAGACAAUCUCCCACUUCCAGAAACAACUCUAGCUCCCACGGCUCGGGAGACACCAAUAUCCCUCCGGUAACACUGACAUAUUGAAGAUUCCAUUUUUCUCCCGACAACUCCUCACAAAAGCAACCCCGUCCUUCCUUCCAGACGGUCUCGCACAAACACAAAGACAGAGGCCGCAAUUCAGGCCGAGACGGUCGAGGUUUUCCUUUACCUGGAGGCUGAGCAGGAGCUGGGCCAGCGCCUGGACCUUCUGGAGGAGCUGCGGGAAGGAAAGGGCCACGGGGGUCUUCCAAAGGAUCCCGUCCGUCCGUCCGUCCACGGAGGGACCCCCACGGCCACGCCAGGCCCACGGCAAGGCUCUUUCUCUCCCUCCCCCCGACCCCUUUCGUACCUCCAUCUCCGUCUCCAAGCGCAGGCACAGGCGGGUGGGCUCCGGCCUGAAGACAUCAUCGCCCUGCAAGAGACACCCGCCCAGAAGUUAGAAUAAUCGUAUGGACAUAUUAUAGCACGGGUCCCCAAACUUUUAAAGCCGAGGGCCGGUCCACAAUCCUUCAGACUGUUGAGGGGCCGAAUUAUCAUUUGGAAAAAAAAAACGAACAAAUUCCUAUGCACACUGCAUAUGUCUUAUUUGUAUUGCAAAACAACAACAACAACAACAACAACAAUGAAAGAACAAUACAAUAUUUAAAAAUCAAAACAAUUUUAACCAACAUAAACCUAUCAGGCUUUCAAUAGGAAGUGUGGGCCUGCUUCUGGCCAAUGAGAUAGUCAGGUUAAUUAGGAUUAUUGUUGUUGUUGUGUGUCUUCAAGUCAUUUCAGACUUUGGCCAAACCUAAGUCUAAAAUUAUUUAUUUAUUCAUUUACUACAUUUAUUUACUACAUUUAUAUCCCGCCCUUCUCACCCCGAAGGGGACUCAGAGCAGCUGUAUCUACAUACCAUAUAUUAUAUUAUUAGCAUAGCACUUUAUCUAUGUUUUGAGUUUACAACCUAUGAUGUGCACUUUGCUAAUCUACUAUUACAACCUCACUGUUUUUAAAUUCUAUGUUUUUAAUAAGUGUGUUUUUAUUCUUUUUGAUUAAUGUGCAAAUAUUACAAUUGGUGCAUGUUAUUGUUUAUUGAUGUAUUGUAUAUUGUUAUUGUUUUGUAUUUGAUAUUUCUGUGAGCCGCCCCGAGUCCCCUCCGGGGGAGAUGGUGGCGGGAUACAAAUAAACUUAUUAUUAUUAUUAUUA